AUGGCGCCUCGCAGCCCCUCAUCCACCCCGUCCAAGCCCUCCCUCGCCCCCGCCCGCCCUCCCUCGCUCCCGGCGCCUCCCCCAUCCACAUCCUCGAGCGAGCGAUACCCCGGAACCAUGCUCCUCUGCUCCUGCUGCGGCCAGCAAACCGUCGACCCCGCCCCCUCCAUACCCGCCCCGUUGAGCCCUUCAGAGUGCGUUCCCUCCUGCUUUCCUCGUCGCCAGCGGCCGCGCCGCCGCCCCACCUCCCCCCCUCCGCCGAGCAGCCACAGCCUCGUCCCGCCUACCCGCCUCGGCCGCUGGCGCCUCCAGUUUCGCGCCCGUGUUCGCCUCCAAGCUGCCCGGCUCGCUCAGGUCGCCCGAUGGCGUCGCAUGGCCGCCGAAAACAUCGUUCUGAACGUUGUUCCACCUGACACCGAACCGGAAGAUACGCCGCGGAUCGAUGAUGCACCGGUCAUCCCCGCCCCGCGGUGGCGCCUCGCCGCCCUCCCCGUACGCUUCCGCCUCCCCGCCAUGCCGAGCGUAACCAGCCUUCUCCGCCGGCGCUCGGACGCGUCCAAUGAUCCCGACCCGGACCCCGGGGCUCUCGAGCUUCCGCCUCACAACGACUACGCAGGAAGCGAAAUUACAUGCCAGACGCGUCGGACGAGUCUCGAUUACGACGCAUUCGGACCCACCAUUGCCGACCGCAUGAAGCGCCAGCCACGUCGGAAUAGCUGGUAGCGAACAGUUCUCAGCAUCCAUGAUGUACCACUAGUGUUUGUAAUCGUCAUGCAUUGAGCUUGUGUACGCAG